AUGGAGGAGGAGGAGGAAGUAAAAUUUCGCUUCCACCGUCGCCGACCACUGAUGGAAAAGAUGGCAGAUGCAGAUAAGGAAAUUGAUGUUGAGGCCAACUAUCAAUCGGAAGCAAGCACUGGCGAGAAACGCAAAAGAGAAGGGAAAAGUGGGACAACUCAUUUACUCCGUCAUGUAAGUGAUGGGAUAUGUCCUGUUUUUAAACAAGAUAAAAAGGAGAAGUCACCUGCGACGUUGAAUUAUACGAGAUCGAACCGUUUGUAUCUCCCAUGGAAAUAUAAUCUAGGUCCUGGCCAAUCAGCUGCCCAACAACCUGCUGAUGUUGAGAUUGGACUACUACCUGAGGUGUUAUCUGAUCUUGAACAUCAGGCAGUUAGAGAAAUACAAGACGACAGUGGAGUUCAAAAACUGACACCUUCACGUGGAAAACAUCCUCAGCAAUCUGCAUUAAAACCUCAAAUUAAUGGAGAGCCAUGGAUGAAUGAGUUAAGGGCUUGUGUAGCUAAACUUGCCGAGCUUACAAAUGUAAAGAUUCCAAUGGGAUCCCUUAUGGUGGCACCUGUUUGUGCUCCAGAUUACUCGAUUGCUGUUGCUCUCAAGUGUUUGAAUGAAAUGGAGGAUAUCCCGCAGUCGAGUGAGAUGUACUUAGAUGCUUUUGAGAUUUUGCAGGAUGAAGGUGAAAGAGAAUGUUUUGUUUGUUUGCCCCCUGAACCGCGCAGGAGAUGGAUGCAAAGGAUGUUGCACCGGCGCCAUCCUCUACGCUACAGUUCUAGCAUUUAG